AACUUUUCUUUCCGCGACCGGCCGAAGUGGUCCGCAGUCCGCACUCCGCAGUCGCGCCGCGCGUGUCCCAAACCGCGGUUGUCCGCUCGCGUUGUGUCCGAUACUUUAGGAUUGUUAUUACAGCGCGCUGGCUGACAUGGCGGCGACCAAGUACUCUCACCCGUUCCUGAGGGGACUCAAACCUGUACCUGAGGGCUACGAGAGCGAGUUACAGGAGAUUAGAGAAUGGAUGAAAACCCAGCCGCACCUGCCGUACAUAUCGGACGAGUACCUCUACCUCUUCAUGCACUCCAACUUUUUCAAGGUGAAGGAAACCAAGGACACCAUAGAGAGCUACUUCACUCUGCGCGCCAACACACCCGACUUGUUCACGAAUAGGGAUCCGCUACUGCCGAAGAAUAAAACUAUUUUGGAUAUAACUCACAUGGUGGCGCUGCCGAAGCCCACUGCAGAGAACUACAACCUGCUGUUGUACCGGCUCGCUGACACCGACUACUCGAAGCUGAACUUCGCGGACGCCGUGCGAGUGUUCUGCAUGUUUAACGACGUGAAGUUGUCCGAGGACGGCCUGUCCGACGGCUACGUGGUCAUCUUCGACAUGAAGGGCUGCAGCCUCGGCCAUCUGACGCGCCUCACGCUGCCCGCGUUGCGGGCCUUCAUGCACUAUAUCCAGAACGCACACCCAUGCCGUCUUCGGAAAAUCCACGUGGUGAAUACGGUAUCCUUCAUCAACCAAGUCAUGUGCAUCGUCAAGCCGCUGAUCUACUCCAACCUCAUCAACCUCCUCAACUUCUCCUCCGAGGGUCCAGCCUCCGUCGUCGACCUGGAGCUCCUGCCGGAAGACUACGGCGGCCCCCAACCCUCGGUCAAGCAGCUCCACGAGGAGCAGAGGAGGAACAUGGAGAAUAACUAUCGGGAGUGGCUGACAGAGUCCGAGAUGUUCAAGGUGGAUGAGAAGAAGAGAGUGAAGAAGCCCAGCAAAGGCAUGUUCGCCAGCUUCACCAGUAGCUUUAAGAGUUUAGAUAUCGACUGAUAUGUUAAGGAAUUAAAGGGGCUCACACAAAGUACAGCAUAAAAAUUAUAAGAAAUUAAGAAAACAAUAUUAUAAGGUUCGUUUAAGGCCGAACUC